AUGGACUCUUACACAACUCCAACACCAGUUUCACCAAAUUCGCGUUCAGUAACUGCCAAUAGUUCACCAUACACGACUUAUACCCGUCACCAUCGAAAGCGUAUCAGCGCCCUGCGACUUUCUUCUGAUACUACCUCUACAUUACCGGAAUACAUACCGACAAAUCCGAAUAUACCUUCUGUCGCACACUGGCGAACAGUUCCCGAGGCAACAGAAAUCGACGACGCACCUCCAGGAUACUCAUCCGACAGUGCCCAAGAGGCUGACGAGGAUACUGACCUCAGUGACGAGGACAGAAGGAGGCAGAUUCAGCGUUCCGUGUUUGCUACUGUUGGAAUUAAUAGUGCCCCCGCUACCGCUACAACCUUCACCUCAUCACCAUCGCUCCGCCCAAGUCGUCCCAAACGAGAACUAUCCCACAGGCGAAAACGUUCUAAUCCUACCCUCAGCCUGGAUCCUAUCCAGUCCAACUCCGAUCUAUAUCUAGAUUCUCUUCUUGAACGCAGUGUACACGCGUUGGAAAUGUCAAAUGUCCUACUACAAAGUUCCAUGUCAACGAAAACGUCAUUAUCUGGUAUCCUUCACCAAGAAACUGAUGAAGACGAACCCAUGGUGCCGUCCUCGGCUAUGCGACCGUCGACUUCGCGUUCAGUGGCUGGAUCUGGGAUGAACUCUCUAGAACGUAGUGCUCGAGGGCUCUCAGCUCGAAUCAUGGGCGGCGGAUAUGUUCAUGAGACAUGGAUAGAGGAUCUGGAACAAAUAGGGAAGGAUGUCGAUCAGCUGUUUUCCGAAGAAGCGCAGAAGGAGCGAAGACAGCGUAACCGGACGAGGCGAAAUGCUUCUCAGUCUGGGUCUUCACAAGGCAGCAUUAGCUCAUCGCUUCCAGUUGUCUCCUCUACUCCACUUCAGUCGUAUAAUAAAUUUGAUAGAGACCGGAUCGCCCACUCUAGCGGUACCUCUCCGCAGCAACACUCUAAUCACGUCAACCGAAGGACUUUGGUAGACCUGCGCUCCCACUCACAAACGCGUUCUUUUUCGAACCCACAUCGUCCUGAGCAUUUAGAAUCUUUGAAACGGCAUGAUGCCAUGGCUGGGGUACCUCACCUUAGGUAUGAUGUGCAGGAUCGAGAGCGAUUUAUUUCGCAACCACCCAGGGCGUUGACUCAGUAUGUUGUCGUCAAAGGCGAUCUUACACAUGGCCACGAAGAGGAAAACAGUUUUCAGCAUCAUCAACAUCAUCGAAGGAAUUCAAGUAGGGGUCUCAAUGGCGAUGGAAACGACAACAACUCUGACAACGGAUGGCAGGAGGGUCCCAUUGGUAAGGAAACGGAGCUGCGAAAAAACGAUGAGGAUGAACCUAUCGUACUUCCCUCGACACUCGGGCUGAGAAGCCUAGGGACACAUAGCACUAUUCGAAGGAAUAAGCAGUUGUUGUCGCGCUCUCGGUCCCCGUCUCCUGAACGAAGUGCGUCGCGCUUUGUCCACCACCAUGAUGAUCAGCUAUCAACCCCAGUCACUAUAUCUACUCCCACCAUAGUCCUUGAUCCUUCGUCUUCCCUGCCUUCGCACCCUUCACUUCCUACUCGAGCUCCUAACGCCUACAACAUGCUAUCUUCAUUUGUCUACCCUGCUUCAUCUUCAUCCUCCAAUUUAACACCCAAACGUUCGGACUCAUCGUCAUCCAACUCUCGCCCCAAGGGCAAAACUUCACCUUUUGCAUCUCCCUGGGCAUCCAGACGUAGUUCAGUAAAUUCUACGGUGGCUGAAAGACCUUCGUUCGGGGCUACAUCCGGGACCAAUGGUCAUGAGAAUUUCGCAAGGAGACGUCACUCGACGUCGCCUGCUGCAUCCAUGAUGUCGAAUAGAACUACAUGUACAACAAGAUCCGGAGGCUCUGGAUCUAGUAGUACGGUUACUGCCGGCUCUGGUUCAAGGUCAAGGUCACAGACACCAAAACCACUGGAAUCUGGACCCGUAGUGACAAGCUCAGGAAGACGGCAUAUGACUCCGCCUCUGGAGGUUUCUAGCAAUUCCGGUUCUGGAGGCGAGGGUAACUGUUCAGAGCGAAGAGAUGGAAGCGAAGGUUCUUCAGAUUCGUGUCCUACAAAGCAAACCAUUCUCUCACUCCGAAAGAUCCUUGACACCCACAGUCCUCCCGAGAAACUUUCCUCAGACGAUUGGACUCUAAUUUCUAAACCUCCCCUCCUCUUACAGCAAUCUUCGAAGGCCGGCGUUCCCGUAGAGGCUGGUACAUCCAAUGCCACAGCUUCAAUAUCCAAACUGUUUACUCGAGGUGUCCACUCACAUGAAGGAAGUGUCACUCGACGGUUCGAUGAACAACGGCAGUCCAGUUUCAAGGGGAAGGGGAAGGCGACUUCUACUGAUAGCGCAGCUUCCUCUGCGCCUUCGACACCAAUUACAACGAGUCGCGUUCCCACUCUUACUCCCAAUAAGAUGAGCUUCGAUAAUAUACCCAAACUCCUUGGCACUAGCGUCGCUCUUGCACUUGGCGCCUCAUCUCCGUUAUCAUCUACACCAUCUUCCGGGGCCUCGACGCCUGCUACACCCAGUCAUCUGAAAAGAAUAAGUUUUGCCGAACUACCGGAGGGAACGCAGGGGACAGGUUCAAAUCGGAAGAGCAGGAAGCGCAAGGGGAAGCAGAAGGCUUCUGGUAGUCGCCUCAGUAAUGGGGGAGCAUCUUACACAAAACAGAGCGGGAGCGACGACGAAGGGGAUGAACCGAGGGGGUGGUUGCGAUGGUUGAUCAAUGCUGCAGGUGCCGACAGUGGCCGUCCGGAUAAGAUUGAUGAACGUUUAGGUAAAGGUUGGGGUUCUGCUUCAAGAGGCCCUGGAUAUGGCGGAAUGGAUGAGUGGGGUAUAUGA